AUGGACAAUAACCCCUCCUUUGAUGCCGGCGCGCAAUUCCCGUCGCAUAAUGAGCCCCGAGUAUGGUUGAUCACCGCGGGGGAUUCACCCAUUGGCCUUUCAGUUGCGCGGCAGGUCCUUGCGCAUGGAGACUAUGCGUAUCUCGGAUUAGCACAUUCAGCUUUGGAACGCGAUGAGCGUCGUCGCGAUGAAUUCGAUGCUUUCCUCUCGGAGGUGGAGCAGCACGGCGAUGGUUGGAAGCAGCGCAUGAAGACGGUGCCGCUAGAUAUCCGAAUGAUGGGAGAAUGCCAGGCGAUUGUCGCAGAUGCAGUCGCAACGUUCGGAAAGGUCGACAUACUUUUGUGCUGUACAAGCCAAGCCCUCAUCGGUACAGUCGAAGAGCUUUCCGCCUCCACUCAGACAUUGAAUCUCGUGCGCGAUCAAUUCGAGGUCAAUUAUUUCGGACCUCUCAAUAUCAUCAAGGCCAUGCUCCCUCAUAUGAGAAAAGAGCGAUCGGGACAUGUGAUGAUAAUCUCGGGAAUCACUGCGCAUAUUGGCACACCCGGAUUGGGGAUGUACUGCGCCGCAGGCUGGGCAUUAGAAGGAUUCUGCGAUAGCUUGGCCUAUGAAAUCGCCCCUUUCAACAUUAAGCUCACCAUCUUCCAAUGCAGCAUUGAGAUUGGUAUUCUCACCAACUUGGUGACUAGCGUCCCUCCCAUUUUCCCCGCCUAUUCACCUUCCAACAAUCAAGCGCCUCUUUUCCGCGGCAUCCUCAACCAUCUAGUACCUCAAUUACCUGAUGCUUCUACCUUCUCUGACAGUCCUGUCACACCCAGUCGGGCAAACGAUGGAAAUGCCCGGGUUAGCUCCAUUGAAAAUGGACCAUUCUCUAGUCCGGAAGUUGUCUCCAUGCAUCCACCACUAAGCUCCGCACAUCUUGAGGUGCUGGUCUCUGAGACCGUAUUUGCCAUCACAUCAAUCGGCGGCCAUGAAAACCCUCCAUCGCGCCAUAUCGUUGGGCAAGAAGGUGUUGCGAGCGUUAAGGAAAAGCUCAAGACUGUGAGUGAGGAAUUAGAGGACUUUAUCCAAGCCAGCUUUGCUGUUGAUGUUGCUGCGGAUUCGGGUCCUAUUUCUUCUACGCCCGGGAUGCAUGAUAGGUAUUAA